AUGCCAGUGACAUACGCGGAUCCCAUGGACUACAGUUCCGCUGCCAUGACUGAAGGGUUUGCCAACCCUAAUUAUGCCCUGAUUUCAACUUCUUCGGCGUCACGCCGAUACCCUGGCUCCACAGGCACUACAUACUCUUCCGGAUCAUAUUCGGACGGUGAUGACUUUUUGAUGACAACGUCUUCGGCCAUCAACUGUCCCUCGUUGAGCGCCUCGGACAGUACUUACAAUAUGCCGCUGAUGUCGAGCAUGGUCGGCUAUGACUCGGACCCGACUUAUGAAUUCCUGACAGAUGAGGUUCUGUCGGGGACCGGUACUUCAAACUUAAACUACCAUGGACAAGGACAGACCCAGGACUUAUUGCAAUCCAGCUAUAUUGCUACGGACCCAGGCAUGUACACGUCAGGGAUGAUGAAUAACUUCUUCUCCGCGGAUCUUUCGUGGCAGAACCGGGUGUUGACACCCCCACCAGAGGACUAUGUCCGGGAUAACUUGCCACAUCAUUUCUUGUCUGUCCAGGAUUACCAGCCGGAGCUGUGCCAGGAUGACCAGGACCUUGCUGCUUUUGAGAUCAAUGCCAUCUCGAAGUCUCCGUCGUACAGGUCGGGCUUCCCUCUUCCUCUUCAUAUCGCUACGCUCCGCUAA